GGGGCCGCGCGGCGGAUGAGCUCACUGCAGUCUCGCCGCCCAGGAGCGGCGGGGCUGGAGCCGCCCGGCGCCGAGGGGCGGGGGCGGGCGGGGGCGGGCAGCGGAGCCGCCGCGUCUGCGGGCAGCCGCCGCCGCCGCCCCGCCCGGGCCGCGCCGGGGAGCGCAGCGCACCCCGCGCCCAGCGCAGCGCCGGCGGGAGCAGCGGGCACCGGGGCGGCCCCGGCGGCGCUCGGCGCGGCCAUGCUCGGCCUGGACGUGUGCGAGGCCGGCGGGCAGCUGCUGGAGCUGCUCUGGCUGGCGCUGUGCUACCGAGAUGUCAUGGCGGACAAGGAGGGGGUGACGCUGUCGCUGGAGGAGGAGGAUGCCGACGUGGCCCUGGCGUACAGGACGCCGGCGAAGAAGAGCCUGCAGGAGCUCCAGCAGCUGGACCCGGGCGACGAGAGCCUGCGCAAGUACAAGCAGGCGCUGCUGGGGGCCAUUCCCAUGGCCGUGGAUGCCUGCGUGCCCAACGUGCAGGUGAUGAGGCUCACCCUGGUGUGCGAGCAGGCGCCGGGGCCCAUGAUCAUGGACCUGACAGGUGACCUGGAGGCGCUGCAGAGCCAGUCCUUCGUGCUGAAGGAGGGGGUGGACUACAGGGUGAAGGUGUCCUUCAAGGUCAACAGGGAGAUCGUCUGCGGCCUGAAGUGCCUGCACCUCACGUACCGCCGGGGCCGGCCGGUGGACCGCGACGUCUUCAUGGUGGGCAGCUACGCGCCGCGGGCCGAGGAGUACGAGGUGGUGACGCCGGGCGAGGAGGUGCCGCGGGGCCGCCUGGCGCGGGGCGCCUACCGCGUGCGCUCCCUGGUCACCGACGACGACAAGACGGAGCACCUCUGCUGGGAGUGGGGCCUGCGCAUAGAGCGGGACUGGGAGGGCUGACCCACACCUCGCGCGGCGGCCGGGGGGCGGCGGGCGCCGCGGGCUUUGCAACCAAAGUUAUUUUUAAUCGCUGUUUAUUUAUUUUUGUUUUUAAUACCGCGGCGCCGUGAGGCCGCCGUGGAGCCCAGCGGGGCCGGCGCCGGCCCCCAGCCGCGGGCCGCGCUCCUCCGCCGCCAUUAAAGCGUACAGACUUG